AUGAUUAGUCAGUACUACAAGUUUGGUGGACGUUAUAGUCCUUUUUACCAGCAAGUGCGUACCUUGAAGAGAAGAUUGGCAUAUCCACAGUCGUAUAAGGCAGAGGCAGAUCCUCAAACGCACCCUAAGAAAGAUCACUCUAGUUUUUUCCAGAGACAUUUGAAGAAAUGGCUUGGCCCUAUGAAUAUUAGAGGAGAGUAUUAUAGGAACAAAUAUUAUUAUCCGCCUCAAAAUCAUAAACCUAAUUACAUAGUACCUGAUGGAAAAACAAUCGUAGAUCCAUCAACUCCUGUGAUCCCUGAUGAAAGGAGAUACAAUAAUACCAAGAGGGAUCCGUCCCUUCAGCCUUUUCCUCAAAAUCCUCAUUGUCGGACUGCCUUAAUGAUAUCAGAUGAAUUGAAAAAUAAAAUUUACGAAGAGGUGAACCUGAAUGGUAUGCAUGUUCAGGAAGUUGCUCAUAAGUAUGGAAUAAAAAUAUCAAGAAUUGAAGCUAUAGUCAAAUUACAAAGUAUUGAGAAAAAAUGGAAGGAGCAGGUAAGUAAUCUUUUUUUUUUUUGA